AUGCCACAGGACGUUCUUCUCUACGGUCUUGGAGCCAUUGGCUCGUUCUACGCCUUCAUCCUCAGCCGCAACGAAAAUGUCAGGCUCUCGGUCGUCGCAAGGUCAAACUACGAGGCAGUAACGGCGAACGGUUUCAAAAUAGUCAGCGAGAAUCAUGGCGAACACACAGUCAAGCCCUUUCAAGUUUUGAAACAUCCUUCUGAAGCCAAGACCACCUUUGAUUACAUUGUUUGCGCACACAAAGCCAUCAAUCAGUCCACAGUACCCGAGCAACUCGUAUCCUGCGUCGAUGAGAAAAAGACAACAAUUGUCAUAAUCCAGAACGGGGUCGGCAAUGAAGAACCAUUCCGACAGCGCUUCCCAUCCACGACGAUCAUCUCCUGUGUGACGUGGGUUGGCGCCCGUCAAUCCCAACCAGGCGUUAUCGCUCAUACAAAAUCAGAAGACAUGCAGAUUGGUAUAUUCCCUACCAAUGGCGAUGACUCUGAUCGCGACGCAGGGCGCCUGGAGGAGUUCUCAAAUCUACUCACGACAGGGAAGACCGUAUUUCAGGCUGUCCCAGAUAUCCAGCUCCUGCGCUGGGAGAAGGUCGUCUGGAACGCGGCGUGGAACAGCCUCACCACACUGACGCUCAUGGACACACACAGCUGGCUUGCCUCUCCUGAUGCCGAAACAUUGACACGGCGGCUGAUGACCGAGGUCAUCAACGUUGGAAAGGCCCUGGGUGUGGCGCUAGAUUACGAUCUCAUUGACACACUUGUUAAUAAGAUCAAGGGAAUGCCUCCCAUUGGCAGCAGUAUGCGGACAGAUUAUGAAAACAGCAAGCCAAUGGAGGUAGAGAUCAUUCUCGGCUACCCGGUCCGAAAGGGUAAGGAGCUUGGGAUCAAUAUAGCCACUGUCGAGACGAUUUAUGUCAUCUUGACCGCCGUCAAUAGGAGGCUCAUGAAGAUAUAG